AUGAGGUCCACUGAGCCACCACUGACCCGUGCCCGAGUAGUUACCCGCACAACGGAUGUAGAAGAGGGUUCUGAAGUGGCAGAAACCUCCGUCAGAGAGGUCGUCAUGGACCAGGCCAUGUUGGUCGGAGCCCCCGUCAUCGGGUUGAACGACUCCGGCGGGGCUCGUAUUCAGGAAGGAGUGGAAUCUCUCGCCGGAUAUGCGGACAUCUUCCAGCGCAACGUCAUGGCUUCGGGAGUCAUCCCGCAGAUCUCCUUGAUCAUGGGUCCGUGUGCCGGUGGAGCCGUGUAUUCGCCUGCACUCACCGACUUCACAUUCAUGGUACGGGACAGCUCCUACCUUUUCAUCACGGGACCUGAUGUUGUCAAGGCAGUGACAAAUGAAGACGUGACCCAGGAGGAGCUCGGUGGAGCCAAGACGCACACGACUCUGUCUGGAGUGGCCCAUGGGGCUUUCGACAACGACGUGGAUGCCCUGAUCACCCUCCGCACCUUCAUGCCCUUCCUCCCACUUUCAAAUCGAGAGAAUGCUCCCGUUCGACCCUGCGAUGACCCCUGGUCUCUCUCUCUCUCGCUCUCUCUCUUGCGCACACUCUCACUCAUUUUUCUUAGUGACUCGGUGGUGACUGGGCACGGGCUCAUCAAUGGGCGUGUUGCCUACAUCUUCUCCCAAGACUUCACCGUCUUUGGAGGCAGUCUCUCCAGCAUUCAUGCCAAGAAAGUCUGCAAGGUCAUGGACCAGGCCAUGUUGGUCGGAGCCCCCGUCAUCGGGUUGAACGACUCCGGCGGGGCUCGUAUUCAGGAAGGAGUGGAAUCUCUCGCCGGAUAUGCGGACAUCUUCCAGCGCAACGUCAUGGCUUCGGGAGUCAUCCCGCAGAUCUCCUUGAUCAUGGGUCCGUGUGCCGGUGGAGCCGUGUAUUCACCUGCACUCACCGACUUCACAUUCAUGGUGCGGGACAGCUCCUACCUUUUCAUCACGGGACCUGAUGUUGUCAAGGCAGUGACAAACGAAGACGUGACCCAGGAGGAGCUCGGUGGAGCCAAGACACACACGACUCUGUCUGGAGUGGCCCAUGGGGCUUUCGACAAUGACGUGGAUGCCCUGAUCACCCUCCGCACCUUCAUGCCCUUCCUCCCACUUUCAAAUCGAGAGAAUGCUCCUGUUCGACCCUGCGAUGACCCCUGGGACCGGGAGGUGGAUCCAGAACUGUGUCACCAGGGUGACCUCUGUUGCCGACGCUGCCUCGACAUCAACAGCUCUGUGAAGGGUGCACGAUUUGUUCGUUUCUGUGAUGCAUUCAACAUCCCCAUCAUCACCUUUGUGGACGUCCCUGGAUUUCUGCCCGGGACGGCUCAGGAGUACGGUGGGAUCAUCCGACACGGCGCGAAGCUGCUCUUUGCAUAUGCCGAGGCCACCGUUCCAAAGAUCACCGUCAUCACACGAAAGGCAUAUGGAGGUGCAUACGAUGUGAUGUCGAGCAAGCAUCUGCGAGGGGAUGUCAACUACGCUUGGCCGACGGCCGAAGUUGCCGUCAUGGGAGCCAAGGGUGCCGUGAGCAUCAUCUACCACGGCAAGGGAGACAUCUCCGAGUACGAGAAGGAAUACGUCGAGAAGUUUGGCAACCCCUUCCCUGCUGCUGUCAGAGGGUUUGUGGAUGACAUCAUCGAGCCGAGGACGACACGCAAGCGCAUCUGCAUGGAUCUCACUAUCCUUGCUGCAAAGAAACUUACUAAUCCAUGGAAGAAACAUGCCAACAUGCCCCUCUAAAUUAUCAGCUAAAAUCAAGAAAAACCAAAUUGUGGCAGCCCCAAUGUUUGAUGUUCAUAUAUACUGUAUAUGCAGUAUUUCUUGAAUCCAUUGGAAUAUUAAUUUUUUCAAUCACCGAUAUCAAAUUUUCAAACGAAGGGCCUUUAAAACUUAAAGGUCCUUCAGGCAUUUAUUACCUGCAUACUAGUAUGCCUCACUGCCACCUUUGAGUUUCUCUGGUGUGAAUGAGCACUAAGUGUCAGCUGUCCUAGUCAUGUCAUAUUCUCGAUCUGAAGUAAAGGUUGUGUUCAUGCUCGUUUAGGUUAUUUUUUCUUGCUUCUUGUUUUCUUUCACAUUUUCCAUUUCAGAUUAAAUGAGAGCAUAUCUCAAAUAAAAGAAUCGAGAAUGAAGUGGAAUA